GACAGCACUUCCCCAGGAGCAGCAGUACCUUGGACGGACCCAGGCUGCUGUGAGGAAGAGCACUGGAGGUCGGGAGGCCGCCCACCCCCGGGCCUGGAGCCCUGCCACACGGCUGCCCAAGGGGCCUGACCAGACGGCUGAGGGAGCCACCGGGGAGAUGACUAAUGUCUCAGGGCUCCUGGGAACAGCCGGCGGCCCUCUGGUGUCAGCAACCUGGCCACAGCCCAGCCCCCUGCCGGCCAUGCCCACCGUGCCUGCCAUGCCCUCCGUGCCCACUGGGCCUCAGAUGGACCGCAUGGGGAACAGCUCCCAGGGCGCCUCCCGGCUCUUCCUCACCACCGCGUUGGCCCGCGGCAUCUCAGGGGUCUUCGUGUGGACUGCCCUGUUGCUCACCUGCCACCAGAUUUACCUGCACCUGCGGUCCUACACGGUCCCCAACGAGCAGCGCUACAUCAUCCGCCUACUCUUCAUCGUGCCCAUCUAUGCCUUUGACUCCUGGCUCAGCCUCCUCCUCCUGGGGGGCCACCAGCACUACAUCUACUUCGACUCGGUGCGUGACUGCUAUGAAGCCUUUGUCAUCUACAGCUUCCUGAGCCUCUGCUUCCAGUACCUGGGGGGUGAGAGCGCCAUCAUGGCUGAGAUUCGGGGAAAGCCCAUCCGGUCCAGCUGCUUCUAUGGCACCUGCUGCCUCCAGGGCAUGUCCUACUCCAUCGGCUUCCUGCGCUUUUGCAAGCAGGCCACACUGCAGUUCUGCAUCGUGAAGCCCAUCAUGGCCUUGAUCACCAUUGUCCUGCAGGCAUUUGGCAAAUACCACGAUGGAGAUUUCAACAUCCACAGCGGCUACCUCUACGUCACCCUCAUCUACAACGUCUCCGUCAGCCUGGCCCUCUACGCCCUGUUCCUCUUCUACUUCGCCACCAGGGAGCUCCUGCAGCCCUUUGAACCCGUCCUCAAAUUCCUCACCAUCAAGGCCGUCAUCUUCCUCUCCUUCUGGCAGGGGAUGCUGCUGGCCAUCCUGGAAAAGUGUGGGGUCAUCCCUGAGGUCCAGGUCAUCGAUGGGAGCAAGGUGGGGGCUGGCACAGUGGCAGCUGGCUACCAAAAUUUCAUCAUCUGCAUCGAGAUGCUGUUUGCCUCCAUUGCCCUGCGCUAUGCCUUCACCUGCCAGGUGUAUGCAGAGAAGAAAGAGAACUCACCAGCCCCCGAGGCACCCAUGCACAGCAUCUCCAGUGGCCUCAAGGAGACCAUGAGCCCACAGGACAUCGUGCAGGACGCCGUGCACAACUUCUCCCCCGCCUACCAGCACUACACCCAGCAGGCCACACAUGAGGCCCCAAGCCCCGGCACCCACCCCAGCGUGGCAGGAGGCUCUGGUGCCAUCAGAAAGAGUCGGAACGUGGAAAAGCGGAUGCUGAUCCCCUCGGAGGAACUGUAGAAGGGCCACGAAUCACCAGCCACCUGGUUGUGACCACCUGCCCAGGCCUCUGGGAAAGCACAGGGCUCCUCACCCACCAGCCCUCUUGCCAAAGCCCCUCCUGGGAGUCUCCUGCCAGGCCUGUGGAGCCACCUCCCAGUCUGCCUCCCACCGGCAGGCCCUUGGCCCCAGGAGGGGACACCUGAGCUUAUCUGAUGAGCCUGGGACCCUCGGGGCUCCCCUGGCCAUCAGCUCAGGGGGCUGCUGUGAGACGGGCACCAGCAGGCUCACUGCAUGGAUGGAAUCCAGGCCGGGCCCCUGCAGGGCAGGACGGUGUUGGGAGAGCGUGGCACUGCAGGCCCCAUAGGCAGCGGGGCCAGAGAGCUCAGCUGGGUCCUGCCGGGCUGCCGCAUUACCCCCUCCGGCGGUGGAGAUUCUCAGAAAGCCCCCACCUCGAGGUGCCACCUGCACAGAACCUUUGCCCCGGGCAGCUCACGGAGCUUGUGGGGCUUCUAGGUGAAUCACACUUAUUUAUACAUAAACACCUGGGUUUUCUAGUGA